CGGAAAGCGCGGCGGGGCUUCUCUUCCAAGCCGCGAAGCGCAGGCGGGGCCCUGCUCGCUUCCCUUUUCCCCGGGACGCUCCCGCUGCGGCCGCCGCCGGCAUGUCGGAGAGGCUCAGCAAGCCGACGUGCCUCAUUGUGGCCAGCGCCGCUGCUGCAGGUGUGUCAGCUGACUCUUUCUUCCACUCUUUUACAUUGGCAAGCUCUGCUUUUAAUCUACAAGUCGCUACUCCAGGGGGAAAGCCAAUUGAUUUUGUUGGGGUUAAUGAAGCAAACAUGCGUUGGAUCCAGGAUUUCCGUAUGAAAUCCUACGCAAAUCCGGCCAAGUUGGAAUCAACUGAUGGUGCAAGAUACCAUGCUUUGUUGAUCCCUGACUGUCCUGGUGCUUUGACAGAUCUAGCAAACAGUGGCUACUUAGCUAGAAUAUUGCAGCAUUUCAGUUCGGAGAACAAGCCUAUUUGUGCUAUUGGAAAUGGAGUUGCUGCCUUAUGUUGUGCCACAAAUGAAGACAAAUCCUGGGUGUUUCAAGAGUACAGCUUAACAGGGCCUUCUGUCUAUGAACUAGUAAGACUUCCUGGUUUUGCUAGUUUGCCCAUUAUUGUUGAAGACUUUUCAAAAGAUUCUGGAGCUACCUUUAGUGCCAGCAAGGCAGAUGCAGUUCAUGUAGUGCUUGACAGGCACCUUGUCACUGGACAAAAUGAAAAUUCUACUGUUACAGCUGUGCAGAACCUUAUUUUUCUCUGCAGUGGCAGCAGAAAAUGACUGAAACAUCCCUGUGAAUGAGCAGAAUAAAUGAACAUGGAAGUGUUCUUUGACUUGUGAAAAUAUGUAAUCUUUCAUUUAUCAACCAAUAGAAAAGAACACAGCUGAUUUCUGAAGAUGGUAUUUUGUAACUCAUGAACAAGCAAGCUGAUUUAAAAAACAAUAUUCUUCUUAAUUCAAAUAGUAAAGCCUGAUAUCAGAUGUAACAAUAUCCAUAGAUGCUCACUGUGUGCAUGAGUCUAAAAAUAAUGUAUUUUCUCCUACCUUCAUAAACUAAGGGGAAAUUGAUUUGAAAACUUUCAGUCACAAUUUCCUGUAUUUCUGAACUUCGUCAACUGUAGUCUGUGUAAACUAUUGCUUCUUAGCUAAGUUUUCCAUUGUGCCUGACUGGGCAAAACCAAUGUAAGAUUUGCGCUAAGCCUGUGUGAUGUUGUAAUCUUGUAAGUCAACGCCAAAUCUGUUAGCUCCAUGUUACCAUUUCAGAUAAUUGUGAAUUAGGUUUCAAGCUAUACGACUUAAAUAUAUCAUUGUGAAGGUUACAGUGAGUGAUAUUACUAGUAACAAGUUGUGAACUUCAAAAAAAGGAACAAUUGACACUAAAAAUAUUUAAUUUUACAAUAGGAUAGGUUAAUUGUAUUUAAUGGGGAUGGUUAGUGUCUUCCAUGUGAUCAUUUGUUGCAGCAUGACAAUUGUGGUUCAUUUAUUUUGCCUACUAUAGAAGAAAGUUACUCGAUUGACUAAAUUUUACUUCGGUUUUUAUUUGCGUGUGUCAUCUAACACAUUAGGAUAGUGAUUAGCCAUAUUCAUGCAUGUAAUUAUUCAAUUUUAUUCUUAAAAUAAAUAAUUGACAAUA